AUGGUGAGAUUUUUGCUGGUGUUCACCUGCCUGGUGUUGUCCGUGCUGUCCACUAUCCAGGAGCACCAGGAACUUGCCAAUGAGUGUCUCCUCAUCUUGGAAUUUGUGAUGAUCGUGGUGUUUGGCCUGGAGUACAUCAUCCGUGUCUGGUCCGCCGGAUGCUGCUGCCGCUACCGAGGAUGGCAGGGCCGCUUCCGCUUUGCCAGAAAACCCUUCUGUGUCAUAGACUUCAUCGUGUUCGUGGCCUCGGUGGCCGUCAUCGCCGCGGGCACGCAGGGCAACAUCUUCGCCACGUCUGCGCUGCGCAGCAUGCGCUUCCUGCAGAUCCUGCGCAUGGUGCGCAUGGACCGCCGCGGCGGCACCUGGAAGCUGCUGGGCUCCGUGGUCAUGGCGCACAGCAAGGAGCUGAUCACCGCCUGGUACAUCGGGUUCCUGGUGCUCAUCUUCGCCUCCUUCCUGGUCUAUCUGGCCGAGAAGGACGCCAACUCCGACUUCUCCUCCUACGCUGACUCGCUUUGGUGGGGAACGAUUACCCUGACAACCAUCGGCUAUGGUGACAAGACGCCGCACACGUGGCUGGGCAGGGUCCUGGCUGCCGGCUUCGCCUUACUAGGCAUCUCCUUCUUUGCCUUGCCUGCCGGCAUCCUCGGCUCUGGCUUCGCCCUGAAGGUGCAGGAGCAGCAUCGGCAGAAGCACUUUGAGAAGCGGAGGAUGCCAGCAGCCAACCUCAUUCAGGCUGCAUGGCGCCUAUACUCCACCGACAGGAACCGGGCUUACCUGACGGCCACCUGGUACUACUAUGACAGUAUCCUCCCAUCCUUCAGUAGCCGAAUGGGCAUCAAAGACCGCAUCCGCAUAGGCAGCUCCCAGCGGCGGACAGGCCCCUCCAAGCAGCACCUGGCACCGCCGUCAAUGGCCACCUCCCCAAGCAGCGAGCAGGUGGGUGAGGCCACCAGCCCCACCAAGGUCCAGAAGAGCUGGAGCUUCAAUGACCGCACCCGCUUCCGGGCCUCUCUGAGACUCAAACCCCGCUCUUCUGCUGAGGAGGGCCCCUCCGAGGAAGUGGCAGAGGAGAAGAGCUACCAGUGCGAGCUCACGGUGGAUGACGUCAUGCCUGCGGUGAAGACGGUCAUCCGCUCUGUCAGGAUCCUCAAGUUCCUGGUGGCCAAAAGGAAAUUCAAGGAGACGCUGCGACCGUACGACGUGAAGGACGUCAUAGAGCAGUACUCGGCAGGGCACCUGGACAUGCUGGGUCGGAUCAAGAGCCUGCAGACCCGGGUGGACCAGAUUGUGGGCAGGUGCCCCGGGGACCGAAAGGCCCGGGAGAAGGGCGACAAGGGGCCCUCGGACACGGAGGCGGCGGAUGAAAUUAGUAUGAUGGGCCGCGUGGUCAAGGUGGAGAAGCAGGUGCAGUCCAUCGAGCACAAGCUGGACCUGCUUUUGGGCUUCUACUCGAGGUGCCUGCGCUCGGGCACCUCUGCCAGCCUGGGCACCGUGCAAGCGCCGCUGCUAGACCCCGACAUCACCUCGGACUACCACAGCCCCGUGGACCACGAGGACAUCUCUGUCUCCGCCCAGACGCUCAGCAUCUCCCGCUCGGUCAGCACCAACAUGGACUGAGGGGCUUCUCAGCGUCGGGACGCACUCGGCCAGCCCCUCGGCCUGGCGCUCGGACCCGCCCCCGGAGGCCUGGGGACUCUGCUCUUACUUGAACUCGCCCCUCGCGGGGAGAGAGGCCAUGCGCGGUAUUGAGCUGCCUGGGUAGGCGAGAUGCGGGCUGCGGGCCCCACCUCAGGAGCGUGCGAUGCCAGGCCGCACAGGGGGCAGC